CCCUCUCAGGAACAUCCAAGGUCGCUCCUUAUACCCUGAACACUGAUUCAAGGCGAUUGAGAGAUGUUUUCGAGAGCGCUGCCCACGAUACUCGCACUCGCAAUCGUGACCUCAGCUUCGCCAGUCGUCAAUGAGACCGCAACAAGCUUGAACGAACGAGCGACCCCUUUGGGCUAUGUUUUUAACUUGCACUGGGCCAACGUUGGCUUCUGCAGCGUCGUCGGCAACAAGUACAACAUCUUCAAGCAUGAGGUGCGCACAUGGGUGUCCACGGAUGUGUCUUGGAAGGUACCGAUCGAUAAGAAUGAAGAGCCUACCUGCGUCAGGGGUGCCUGUAGAGACAUCACUUACGACAAGGACAACCGCAAGGAGCAUCCGCCCUCUCCAGAUUAUUACUCGGUGCCACUCUGGGAUUUCACUGUCGAAUUCGAUGGAAGCAAAGUAGCAGGAUGGCAAGUCAUUUUCUUUGUGAAUGGUAUCUGUGAUGUUGCCCUCAACGUUGGCUUCUACCUCAAUCCUCACACGGGUCAAGGCGUCAUAGAUCAUGAGGGUCUGCAAGGAUUUUCAGGUCUUUGUCAUAUUACUGGCAAAUCCAAAUUUGGCCAGUCUUGCUACGAGAUCCUCAACCGCCCUCCGCAGGCUUGGUUCUCCUUUGAGGAUUGCGUCCAAACGAGCACACCCGCAACGAUCACCUCAGUGCCGUACUACUCUUGA